AUGUUCUCUAUUAUCCGCUUGUUCCUCAAUACUGCAGUGGCACUUGCAUUGUCGAAGGCCGUAUCCGAGAAAAUGCACGUCGCAUUGCUGCUUUUGAGCAGUGCGUGCGCCGUCGCAUUCGCCACUAUAGAGGACGACCCGACUGACAUCAUCCAAGAAACGUUACGGUACCUGCUCGACUUCUCAGAGGUUCCAAAUGCCAACACUACAACGCCAACAUUUCGUGCAUCUCAUCGCAUAGCCUCAACGAUGCAUUCCAUCUACGAGACAUUCGUCGAGGACGACGGUUCAGAUGAUGGAAAUGUAGUUCGGGCAAUUGAUCCCGCACUCGGAAAGCUAGACGGCCACGAAGUGUUGAUCUUCGAUAUUACUGGUUUAGGCAAAGAACAGAUUAUGCGAGGCGAACUGCACUUCUACUUGCGACGUCGUGACGCGACGAAAUCGGGUCGUGCGCGGCAGCUUCGGGCGAAAUCACUGUGUGUCAAUGAGUACUGUACUGAAAAUCAACAAUUAGAAACAAUAAAGGUGUCCCCCGAUAAAGUGAUCUGGGAUGCAACCAAGCCACUUGCAGAGGCGAACGCAUUGGAUGUAACCCAACUGGUUGUGAGGAUUUCUCGUCGCGACAUCAGAAUGCGACGUUAUGUGGAGCUGGUGAAGAAAUGCUCCCCAUUCCUGGUAGUUUACUCUAAAGCCGAUAACACCAUCGACACCAACACAAUCAAGAGCCGUGUGGAUGGCACGAGACGGAAAAGAAGAGAACUGGGCUACUUCUCAUACAACGCUGUGGAGUCAACUUCCGAAGCUGUACCGACAAGUACGGAACGGCUUACCGAUGGUCUACGGACGUUCAGAAGACACUCCAAGGGGAAGGGCCCACCGUCGAGAAGAAAGAAGGUCCGAGGAAAUCGUAUAAAAUCUCCUGAAGAUGACAUAUGGCAUGGAUUCGGCGAUGAUGCACCUGAUGAAGAGGAAAAAGAAAAAAGUGUCGAAAAGUCAAAUGACGUACGGGUUGUA